AUGUCCACAAAACCCAAACCCCCAAACCUCGAGUACCCGGAACUCUACGAGUUCCCCGCCUUCUUCACAAGAUAUCAUUCCCCCCCCCUUCCCACCGAGCGGAUUGCACCACGACUAACGCAGACAGGAUACACAGCCCAACGACACCACAUGGGCGCACCAACGCUCAAUCUGGGCUGCCUGGGUCCUGUCCUACUGCCGUGCGCAUAGGAUUUGGAAAUUACAACUCAGCGAUGCACUCGAGACCGAGCUGUUUUAUAACAGAAACCUCAACCGUAGGUCCUCCUUCCCGCCUCCCCCUUUGAUGGAGGAAAUGUGUGCUAAAGGGGUCCAUAGGCAGGUUCAAGCAGCGCGACGCAGCGGAGCUCCUGGAGUACAUGGUGGCGGAAGGCGAUGUGGAGUGGGAAGGUGUGGGGAAAGCUACGGCGAUAGUGUAUUGGAAGAAGUUGGAGGAGUGGGCUAACGUUAUCUAUGAAUGGGUAAUGGUGCCCGCGCGCCUUUGGCGGGGAUGGGAAGGUGCUAACAGGGGAUGGGUAGAUCGAUAACACUGGACAAAAAGGAAGCGUACUCACACUUUACGAGAUAUCUGAAGGGGAUCUCACUAGGAAUCAAGGCACCUACUCCUCCCCCCCCUUUUUUUCCCAUUUGCUCGCUCACUCCCUACGCGCACUAACAAUUCCGCACGCACAGAAUUCCACACAAUAGACCCAUACAUCCUCCGCAAAGCCCUCGACUUCCUCGUCAAGCGUGGCCUCGCACAGGUGUUUGGCGCGAACGAGGAGAUGGGGGUUAAGUUCUUUUAGGUGCCGUAUUUAACUGUACAGUACAUAUAUGCCGGUAUAGGGCACAAGAUAGUGUGAGCGCAAGUUUUUUUUUUUUUUCAUUUCAGUUUAGCUCGCAGUGUAUGAUAGAUGCACAAAAUAUCACCUCCAU